CCAAUUGCAGAAGACCUCACAAAACGCUGCCCUGCGGAAGGGGCGGAAGAAGCCUUUCUCGGCCGUGUUUGUUUCUCUCAUUGAGGAGCUUCCUAGCUCGAGGCGCUGAUCUACUGGACAGCUUUUUGCUGCUAGAAUGUACGUCGUUUUGGAGCUGCUUCUGCUUCUUCCUAUUCUGAUUUAUUCCACCCUAGAAUCUUUUGUGAAGCUUUUUAUUCCUAAGAAGAGAAAAUCAGUCAGUGGAGAAAUUGUACUUAUUACUGGAGCUGGUCAUGGAAUUGGAAGACUCACUGCUUAUGAAUUUGCCAAACUUAAAAGCAAACUGGUUCUGUGGGAUAUCAAUAAGCAUGGAAUUGAGGAGACAGCUGCAGAAUGCAGAAAAUUGGGUGCAAGAGCUCAUGCCUAUGUGGUAGACUGCAGUAACAAAGAAGACAUUUACAAUUAUGCAAAGAAGGUGAAAGCAGAAGUAGGAGAUGUUAGCAUCUUAGUGAAUAAUGCUGGUGUAGUCUACACAGCAGAUUUAUUUUCCACUCAGGACCCUCAGAUUGAAAAAACAUUUGAAGUCAAUGUUCUGGCUCACUUCUGGACUACAAAAGCAUUUCUUCCUGCAAUGAUGAAGAAUAAUCAUGGUCAUAUUGUAACAGUGGCUUCAGCUGCAGGACACACAGUGGUCCCCUUCUUAUUGGCUUAUUGUUCAAGCAAAUUUGCUGCUGUUGGAUUUCAUAGAGCUCUUACUGCAGAAAUGGAUGCCUUAGAAAAAAAUGGAAUCAAAACAUCAUGUCUCUGCCCCAAUUUCAUAAACACAGGCUUCAUCAAAAAUCCAAAUACCAGAUUUUUACCUACACUGGAGCCAGAGGAAGUAGUAAACAAGCUCAUGAAGGGCAUACUAACUGAACAAAAAAUGAUUUUUGUUCCAUCUUCUUUAAGUGUUAUAACACUGCUGGAAAGAAUCUUUCCAGAACGUUUCCAGAAAGCCAUGAGAAGAAUCUUCAAUAUUAAGUUUGAUGCAGUGAUUGGAAUUAAAAACAAAACACAAUAAAUGCCUUGGACUCCCUUCCUGAAGAGUAGCUGCUGUUUGAUAUGAUUCAGAUGCAGCUUAUCAGAGACUUAAACAUUUGAGGAUUUCUAUUUUUUCUAAUUCUCUUUCUCCAGUAAUAAAUUUUUCUUGAACUACA